UGAGCCGCUCCGGGAUCCGGGCUGCUGGCAAUCACAGCGCGUGACAGCCGACAGCAACACUUCUCUUAUCCUACUAUGAAAAAGACGCAGAUUCCUCCGCUGUCUAGUUUGUCAAUUAUGAUGUGGAAUGUUGGGAGUGAAUAAACAAGCGGGAGUCAUGAGGAGCGGACGGAUAUAAAUGAAGGAUUUUCUCUAAUCUUCUGUCUUCUCUUCAGUCUUCAUCCACUGCACAUCAUCUCCACAGCUCUAGUCUUCACAGGUGCCAUGAGUUGCCCUUCGUCUGGUCAGCAAUGUAACAAUGGUUAUCCACAAAUAGUUCAGCAGACACCUGGUGCUGUGUGGCCCACUCAACCCUGUCAACCCUACUGGCCCUGCCAACCCAACCAGCCAGCUAACCCUAACUGGCCCAUGACUGCCGGUACAGCAGUCCCACCGACCUGGCCAGUUCAACCCAUUCAAUCAAGCUGGCCCUAUUCUCCGACAACUCUGACAAACCAGCCCAGCUCACCAUUCCAACCAAGUUCACCAUUCCAACCAAGUUCACCAUUCCAACCAAGCCAACCAUUUCAACCAAGCCAACCAUUCCAACCAAGCCCACCAGUUCAACCUAGCCCACCUGCUCAACCAAGCCCACCUGCUCAACCAAGCCCACCUGCUCAACCAAACCCACCUGCUCAACCAAACCCACCUGCUCAACCAACCCAACCUGCACAACUACCUGUCCCGUCCGGACACCUACCAUCUCCCGUCCACCCAGCAUGGCAUGGUAAUCCUGGGCAACCGGGUUGGCCCUAUCAAGGCCCCACAGGAGGAGCGCUGCAGCCGUGGCCACCGGCACCAUCCACCGCUCCUGUUACGGUGCCCUUCAACAUGAACUUUCCUCGUGGCAUCUACGACAAACUGAUGCUGACGAUCAGAGGUCAAAUUAAACCCGAUGCUAAAAUGUUCACAAUUAAUUUCCUGCGCGGUAACGACAUCGCCCUUCACAUCAACCCACGAUUCAGUGAAGGUGGGAAACCGGUGCUCGUGCGUAAUCAUAAGGUGGGCGAGCUCUGGGGUCGAGAGGAGCGUGACCUGCUUGCGCCUUUCCCCUUCACACCCGGACAUCACUUCGAGAUGAAGAUUCUCUGUACGAUCACGGAGUUCAAGGUCGCGGUGAACAACACGCCCGUCUUCAACUUUCAGCAUCGCAUCAGAGAAGUGAAUUUGAUCGACCGCGUCAACAUCCUGCAUGACGUCACGCUGACAUCAGUCAACCUCGACUCGCUGCCCUGAUUGGAUUGAAGAGUUUUUAUUUAUGACUCGAUGUGUGACGCCUGGGAUUUUAUUUACAAUGAUCCACAUUACUGUCGGCUCAGCACAUCUCCUUGUGACUUAACAUUCAUUUAUACAUCUAAUAUAUAAAACUGCUCUUUCUGUACACAGACAGGAUGGCGAAUGUAAAGUUUACAGGAGAUUUGUAAUAAUAAUAAUAAUAAUAAUAAAUGAUUAUAGCUUUUUUAAUUCUAUGCAGUGUUUUUUUAAAGCCACUUAGCAACAAUGCAUCAUUGUAAAAAUAAUCACUACAGAAAUAAAUUGAAUUCGAGUAAGACGGGUUGAACUUAGUAGUUCACGUACAAAUUUCCAUCAGUACAAUGAUAAUGAUAUUCAGUAAACCUGGAUGAGCAGCUUUAUCAAUUAACUGAGAUAACAUUACGUUUUAUUCAUGAAAGCAGUGGAAAUGUUAGCCAAGUAUAUCAGAGCUUUAUAGCCAUGUCAACGAUAUAUUAGACAGUUAACUAAAUAUUCAACUAAAUAAAACAAAUGAUGCUUAAGAAAUAUCGUAUUUCGGAAGGUUCUACUGACAUGAAACGUUCACCAGAUGUUAACAACCCAUGCAAAGAAAUCACACCAUAGAGCUCCAUAAAUUAAGGUACUGUAUGGGUAAUUAUGUAAAAGGACACAGGAAAAUGUAUUGGACCCCUAAA